UGGUAGGCGCGCACGCGUUUGCCGCCAAAAUCAAGUAAAUUUACGCGCGUAUAGUUACUUGUGUCUGUGAAUUCGUGAUCUGUGCAAUACGGGAAUUAAAAAAAAACCAUUUGGUUGCACCAGAGCAUGCCCCGGACAUCACAAAAUUAAAAAAUAAACAAAACAAAGAUGGCGCCGCAAGAGCGAACUUCUUGUUGCGAAGACGAUUCCCGCCAAAACGAGCCCAUAGACAACCUGUCAAAUAUAGACCUAGGUUAUGUCAAUAAGGCGUUCACAAAUGACAGUUCGGAUACAGAUAAAAAAAAGAAAGAAGAAAAAGAAAAGAAAGUGAUAGAUUUCGACGAUUUAUUACCAUAUAUUGGCGAAUUUGGAUUAUACCAGAAGAUAUUAUUUUUGCUGAUGAUACCGUUUGCGUUUUUUGUGGCAUUCGUAUAUUUUUCACAAAUAUUUAUGACGAUUGUUCCUGAGCAGCAUUGGUGCUGGGUACCGGAGUUGGCGAAUCUCACUGUGGAAGAGAGGCGACAACUAGCAAUCCCCCCCAAAUCGAACGGCCCAUACCCCCACGACAGGUGUCACAUGUACACAACAAAUUGGACCCAGGCCCUGGCCCAGGGACGGACCACACCAGACGACGAAUGGCCCAUCGUCCCCUGUACUAGAUGGGAGUAUAAUAGAAGCGAUGUGCCGUAUGAAACUAUCGCUUCGCAGUUAGACUGGGUGUGCGAUAAAGACAACCUACCUGCUACAGCUCAAGCCAUCUUCUUUUGUGGGGCCAUCGUAGGGGGUCUUGUGUUUGGUUGGAUUGCUGAUAAAUAUGGUCGGAUACCGGCUUUGGUUGGUACGAACAUGAUGGGAUUCGCAGCAGGUGUGGGAACGGCGUUCACGAACAGUUUUUGGUCUUUUGCCUUGUGCAGGUUUUUGGUGGGAUUGGCCUUUGAUAACUGCUUCACUAUGAUGUAUAUUUUGGUCCUCGAAUACGUGGGUCCAAAAUGGCGGACAUUCGUAGCGAACAUGUCAAUAGCUAUAUUCUUUACAUUUGGAGCCUCAUUAUUACCCUGGCUCGCGUUGUGGGCAGCUGACUGGCGGAGAUACGCAAUUGGGAUAAGUCUGCCGUUUAUAUUUGCUGCUGCUACCCCUUGGGUUGUUCCGGAGAGCGCUAGAUGGCUCUUAUCACAAGGAAAAAUAGAUAAAGCUCUAGUUAUUAUGAAGAAGUUCGAGAGAAUUAACAAAAGGCAGAUACCGGACAAAGUUCUCAGUGAAUUUACGCAAGCAUCUCACAACGCACUAAAACAAACAGAGACACAACGAACUUAUUCCGUUCUUGACAUUUUCCGAACUCCCCGACUCAGAAAGAACGCCAUUUUAUUAAUCAUCAUCUGGAUGGCCAUUUCUUUGGUUUUCGACGGCCAUGUUAGAAAUGUUGGGUCUUUGGGGUUGGAUAUUUUCAUGACCUUCACUAUAGCGACUGCUACGGAGUUCCCGGCUGACACCUUUCUCACUAUAGUAUUGGAUCGAUGGGGCAGAAGAUGGUUGGCCUGUGGCUCCAUGGUCAUCAGCGGUUUUUUCAGUCUACUGGCAACUGCUGUGCCGAUCGGCGGUCCGUCCGCAGCCCUAGCGAUUCUCGGGCGCUUCGCAGUGAACGUGUCGUACAACAUAGGGCUCCAGUACGCGGCCGAACUGCUCCCCACUGUGGUGCGGGCGCAGGGCGUAGCCCUAAUCCAUAUUAUGGGCUAUGUCGCGAGUAUACUGGCGCCGUUUGUUGUUUAUCUUGCAAACAUAUCCCCAGAACUGCCACUCCUAAUCCUAGGAGUGCUCGGUAUAUUAGGAGGUGUGUUAUGUCUCCUACUGCCGGAGACGAUGGGGGCUGAGAUGCCGCAGACCCUCGCUGAUGGAGAGGCUUUCGGGGCUGAUCAAAGGUUCUGGGAUAAUCCGUGUUUUCCCAGGAAAAAAGAAGUCCACCAGCAAAGAAUAGAAGACACACAAGAGAAUUUCGUCCGGCCCCUCCCAGGGAUCGGUUCUAGGGCCUCCAUUAGAGCUUCUAUACGAUUAUCAUCUAGAUCCAAUAAGCGAAGAAAUGACAAUGUAUAACUAAACUAGACGAUAUAUAAAUAAUAUUUAUUUAUUUGGAAUUAUUGGAACUGAGGCGUGUUGGAUUAUAGACGAAAGAUUGAUUAUUUUUGAAAUGAAACUUCUUUAGGCGCGUUGAGAGUAAAACUUUUAGCGUCAUGAUAAUACCGUCAUGUCACGGAGUAAGGUAUCUUUGAAUCUUGCCAAAGAAGUUUCACUUCUGACAUGAGUGCUCGACACACACGCACUUUUUUUCUUGAAAUUGAAUAAGAUAUAUUAAGAAGAAAAAAUUCGAUCAAGAGGAUUCGAACCCGCGUCUUCCGUAUUGAUCGAUUUUUUCUAUUUUAAAAUUGUCUUUUAUAAAGUAGGUGCUAUAAAACUGAAUAUCAAAAGAAAGUGUAUAUUUUAACAAGUUAAAGCCAUCUUGAAUAGUCGAGUAACUCUUUUCUUAAAGUAUUAAAAAACAAUGAACCUAAAGUAUUACAACCUUUUUUUUUUCAUAAUCAGUUGUAUGUUAUUAAAAAAUUUAUUACCCACCUAACCAUUAAACAUUUUAUAUAUUCAACCAUUUUAUUAUUAAAAUAUGUAAAAACAAUCUUUUAUGUACUGUAUAUAUUUCGUUCAUUCUUAGUUCCAUAAUUGUAUGAAAAUUGCCUAACUUACCAUUUUUUGGUAAAUGAGAUUGUCUGUGAUAUUAUAAUUAUAUUUUUUGAAGUGAA